UGUGGAAUCAGUCGUUCAUACAGGUGUCACAGGUGUGCGUGCGUGAACCAAGUCGGAACUCUCAAACGGAAAAACGCGACAUUACAUUGGAAAUCGGUGUUUUGAGUCACACAAUACCGAGUUGUCCGGUGCUUAUGCAAAUUUAAUUGCGGUCUCCCAAUUCAUUGAAAAGUCAAAAGGUCGCUAACACCACCAGCCCGACCGCCCGCCCUCGGACCAAAAUAAACACAAUCAGCAAAUGAAACAGGCAGCACCUCGGGCGAGGGAGAACCGCUCAACCGGUUUCAAAAUAUCACCCAGCACAGCACCAAGUUUUUUUGCCUAUAUAUUUAGUUUAUAGGGAAUAAAAACAUACACAAACGUAGUAUAUACGAGACCCAUGAAGUGUCGGUGUGUUUUGAGUGAAAAACUAAUUUAGUAAUCCGAGUCAGCAGGGCAAGAAAAUUAAACAAAUAAUAACGAAGCCUGAGCAGACGUAGUAGUCGUAGCCGUAAAGAAAAAAAGCCAACCAAGCCAGACAGACAGACAACAAUGGGUUAUUCCAUAAAGAACUGCGAAACGGGUGAGCUGGAGUACUUCUACACGGACACCGCCCGAGUAAAGAAACCCGCCUACGAUGAGGAAACCGGCGAACCAUUGCACGACCAGAUGAAGGUACGCUACCGGAAGCACGGUAACUUCCAUGUCCCCAAGCACUGUCUCCGGGGUACCUUGUGCGACGAGGUGGACGACGUGCUGGCGAACACGGUGCGACAUGGCGCAGCGGCGAUUCCAGAGAUUCCCAAGCCCGCUCCCCGGAAAGCCACUCGGGGCUACGAGCGGGAGGAUUUCUAUCACAUGGAUGGUGUCAAUAGCAACAUAAUCCUGGGCUACAAGCGCUACGAGUACCUCCUGUUCCUGGUUCCCACACUCUUCUGCUACAACUUCUUUAUUGGCGCCACGCUAGCCGUCAUCGAGAUCUUCCUGCACAUGAUGUCCCACCACAAGAACAGCCUGACCAUGCAGAAGGGUCUCUACUUCCGCAGCCCCCUCCAUGUCCUCUCCUCGCAGUUCUGCGCCAUCUGCCGCACCGAGUGCGACAGCAAGUACAAUCGCAUCUUCGAUAUGCUCAACAAACAGAUGCGCAACUCCCAUCGAUCCGAAACUCUGAAGGACAUGGCAAAGGCCAUGGCUUAAGUCGACCGGGUCGAGUGGGUUACUCAAGGACUAGACAUGAUUAACUAAUUUAAUUUUUUUUAAACAGAAACGAUUUUUUGUCACGCGGUCAACAAAAAUAAAUGCACUGGUUUAUCACUGAAGUA